GCGGGCCCGCCCCGGCCCCACGGAGGCGAGGCCCCCAUCGUCCCGUUGGUGACUUUAAGGGCCACGCCACCGGGCUCUGAGCUGAACUGCCCCUCGGUGGGCGACAGGGCUCGGCGAGGAGAGGCCAGGGGGUCGCCACCCUGCCGCCGGGCCUUCCCCAGGCCAAUGCAGGCUGGCGGGGCAGUGCUCAGGCCCGACAGGGCCCGCCGGCCUUUCGGGCCCAUAUGGGCAGCCACAGGCCCCCCGCGGUGUUCUGUGUCUCGAGGGUCACCCAGUGCCACGAGGCUGACCACAGUGGACUCUGGGAUGUGCACACGAUGACGGACAGCAAGGACCUGGAGGCCGAGAUCCACCCUCUGAGGAGGGAGGGCCCCGGGGGGCCGCCGGCGCCCCCGCGGCGCCUGUCUCGCUGCCGCGCCCUGGCCUUCUUCCUGUCGCUGGCCCUCUGCCUGCUGGUGGUGCUCGUGGUCUCCUUCGUCAUCCCCUGUCCGGAGCGGCCAGCAUCCCGGGGCACCUGGCGGGUGGAGCUCAGCUCCGCAGGUGAGCCCCGCCCGCGGCCCCCCGCCGCCCCGUGCUGGGGUGCAGACAGGUGUCCAGAAGGGCCAGCCCGCGGCCGCCGGGUCCACCCCGUUCUCUACGUGACCAGGACGGGCGCCCACUACGUCCUGCUGCCCUGCGCGAGCUCGCUGUGCGGCUACUCAGUGAAGAGCCUCUACGAGACGGCCGGACGGGACAGCUCCCUGCGGAGGGACCCCGCCUGGGAGGACAGGCUGGACCCCGCCACGCACAGGCUGCCCUGGCGCAGCCCCGGGGCCGUCCGCCACGUGCUGCUGGUCCCGGGCCGCGCCGGGCAGGACCUUUUCCUCGUGGGCACCGAGGCCUGCGUGCUGCUGGACGGGCAGGAGCUGGCCCCCCGGUGGACCCUCGAGGCGGCGCAGGUCUUCAGGGGGUCACGGCAGAGCAGGGUCGGGCCGGGACCCCGAGGCGGGCGGCCUCACCCGCGCUGCCCCCAGGACCAGAGUGGCCCCAGGCACACGCUGUACCUGUUCCACCCCACCCUGCCGGGCGUCCUGCUGGAGCUGACCAACGUCUCCGCCCCCAUCGCCGCCUCCCACGUGGGCCUGUUUGAGACCAGCCGCCACGCUGCCUGUGUCAUCCUCACGGGCCCGGCCGGGCUGGACGCGCCCGGCCCGGUCUCCGUGGCCAAGCACACGGUGCGGGACCUCGUGAUGGCCGGCAGGGUGGUGCGCACCGCGCCGGGCGGCCGCGACAGCGACCAGGCCGCCAGAGACCGCCUGCUGCGCCUGCGCUACCGGGCCGAGGCCUGAGCCGCCGCCGCGGCCUCUGCUGGCCCCUCCCGGCCUGUCCGGCCCGGCCCUGCUCCCCGGUGCUCAGUGGUGCCCGCCAAAAGCGGACCCACCUCGUGCCUUGCCGGCCCACCCCAGGUCAGCAGCGCGCCCAGAGUAAAGCGUCUGCGCUGAGAAGCCCGA